UUCGGUCGACAACACUAAAUAGCAGCGACACAAUCUUGAUUGACUUCAUUAUGAAUUUGAAGUGUUUAUUUAUUUUAUUCGCUACUAGUUUGACGUACAGUUCCGGUGUGGAUCUGUCAAAAAUUCUUGAAUGGUACAAACCCCGUCAUUAUGAAAUUGCCAAUGGAGAAGACAAGGUUGAUCUCAGAAUAUACUACGAAGCUAUGUGUCCAGGUUGCAUAAUAGAGUACACACGCAUUUUACCUGACAUACUAGAUAAACUUGGAGCAUACGUAAAUCUUAAAACAUAUCCUUAUGGAAACGCUUGGAAGACAGAAAAUGGAAAAAUCCAAUGCCAGCACGGCCCGGAAGAAUGUUACGGUAACAAGUUGCACGCAUGCGCCAUCGACAUACUCAAGGAUACUACUCAGUACGUGAAGUACACCGCUUGCAUGAUGUCUGGACAGGAGGACGGCAGUGGUGGCUCAAAUGAUAAAGGCGCCACUUCAUGCGGUAAACAAAUGGGAAUCGAUGCAACCAAGAUCAUCGAAUGUGCUAAAGGUGAAAAAGGCGAAAAACUGCUAGAAAAAUACGGGGAAGAAACCGAUUACGAAGUCCCGGACUUGAGAAGCGUGCCAUGGUCGCUAAUAAACGGCAAAUUUGUGAGUGCCGAGAAGUGGUUCGCCACUAUCUGUGCCGCUUUGGCCCAUCUCCCCCAGAGUGUAAAUAAUUGUGUAUAA